ACUUCAGUGAGAGGACGAACGCCAUUAGAGCAAGUAGUACUACUAAGCUCACAUCUCAUACUCUACAGAGAUGCAGUGUUCGAGCACGGCCGUUGCUUCUUGCUUGCGUCUGCUUGCGACCAUUUUUCUCCUCCUUGCAAUGGCUGGUCGCUGCCACUCGCAGCAAUUGGAUAAUAUUCAGCUCAGCAGAAUUCAAGGCUCCAUCGAAACCCUCACUCACGUGGUACAAGAGCUUUCGGAGAACGUCACCUCAGGAAUCGGAAAGCUUUCGGAGGACGUCACCGCAGGAAUCGGGAAAAUUUUCAACUUUUUGGCCAUAGAUCAUCUUUACUGUGAAAACGGUUGGCUGAAGCUGAGAUCCUCCUGUUACUUCCUUGGCAAAGACACCAGCAACUGGGAACAGAGCCGUCAGAAAUGCUUAGCCUUGGAUUCCGACUUGGUCACAAUCACUCGCGAUGAGGAGUACAACUUCCUCCGUGAUCUUGCAAAAGGUCACGACACCUAUGUAGGACUGAGUGACCUGCAGGAAGAAGGGACCUACAGAUGGGUUGCAGAUGGCACCAUCCACCAAAUCGUUGAAUCAUGGUGGGGUGAAGGCGAACCCAACAAACACGAGUCACGAGAACACUGUGUCCAUUUCUUUCACUACAAAGGCGAUCGCCUAAAUGAUCACAUUUGUGCCAAUGAGUUCAGGGGAUGUCUCCUUCAAUUGGACGAGCAGACUUCAUCCUGUAUCCCACAGGCAGCCUGCAACCAAUUUCUGGUUCAUUUCUUGCUGGGAACAUUUUCAGAUAUCUUUGUAGUAUGCAUGCAUGCUGCAAUGCAGAAGUUACCCAAGCAAAUUUGCAACAAAACAUUCCUGUUGUUAGAGACAGAAAACUACAUUUUGAAUUCCCUACAAAAACAGGCAAGCAAUACUCCAUUGAGAGACAAAAUUUCCUAAAAUCUGUGAAAAAAAAACCAGUCAGGGAUCAAGGAAAUAUAUUGCAUGCUCAACUACAGUAGCUCUUUUAUCUCAUUGCUUUCCAAUAUACCUCUACUUUGUUUUUUUCACUAACACUACUUCAAGACUAAGGCCAGACAUGCAAAUCAUAUUUAGUAUUCUAUUUUCAUAUUCUGAGUACCAUCCUGCAUUUAUGUAACAUCUCACCCAUCAAAAUUAAUAUCUUAAAAGACAAGAACUACAUUUGCAGCAUUAUUGAUCAGGAGAUAUAUAAAUAAAAUUUGACUCAGUUAAA